UGGAAAGAACUCGAAUCAUAACCUUGGGCGUAUUUGGUGGUUGAUUAUGGGGACGAAAACAUUUUUCAUUGGAGUAGUUUAUUUAGUUACAACGUGCUUGAGCCAAGAUGUUGAAAACCCUUGCGCGAACAAUGUUGGCAUCAAUAAUGUCCCCAAUCCAGAGGACUGUUUCACAUUUUUCCUGUGUGUAAAUCAAGAUGCCUUCCUUCGGACUUGUGCACCUGGACUGAUGUUUGAUGUUGUGAUGAACGAUUGUUAUUUUGAGCAAGAAUCUAUUUGCAUAAAAGAUGUUGUAACGCCACCAACUCCUGGUGGUGGAGAAAACACUGAUCCUAUUGAACCAGAACCUGAGCCACAGCCGGGGCCAGAACCUGGUCCAGAACCGGGACCAGAACCAGGUCCAGGAGUACCAACAGCACCAACACCGGGACCACCAAUUCCGACAGCACCUACCGAGGGCCCAAUUGCUCCGACAACCGAGGUACCUCAAGCUCCUACUCCGGCACCAACUCCAGCUCCGACUCCGGCUCCUACUACAGUUCCGACAGCUCCCACACCUGGUCCUACCCCAGCUCCUACUCCGGCACCUACACCGGCUCCUACUCCUGCUCCAACUCCUGCUCCAACUCCGGCACCGACUUCUGCCCCAACACCGGAACCUCCGGCACCGACACCUUCACCCUCGGUCGAACCCCCGCACUGCCCACCGGGUCAAAUAUUUUACGCACCCCAUCCGAAUUGCUCCAUGUUCUGGCGGUGCGUUUUCGGCACCCUGCACGUGCUCGAGUGUCCUCCGAAUUUGCACUGGAAUCAAGCCCGAGAGUAUUGCGAUUUCCCGCACAACGUCAACUGUCCCAAUGCUUGAACAGGAAGACAAUUUAUUACUGAGGUGGUGGGUUUUGAAUUUAGAUUCUCUAGAACAUAAGUGAGAAAAUAACAAAAUAAAGUUGCCAAUAAGGGAGCUCAGGAAAAAAAUGAUAAAUGAAGCGUUGUAAGAUAUUAAAAUACCAACAGGGUAGAUUAGUGUGAAUAUAAUAAACCGAA